UUGAAACCCAUCACCAAAACAAAUCAAGUUGCACGUGUCUGAAUCUUCGCAUUUGUUCCGAAAAACAUCAUAAAAACUUUAUUUAACAUACAAUAAAUUUGCAAAAUGGGUAAGAAACACGACGAUAUAGACUUGCCCGGCUUUCCAGCACUGGAUAAUGUGGGCGGUGGUGGGAAUACGGAGACUGUUAAAGUUAAAAAUAAAUCUAAGAAAAGCGGAGGUUACCAAUCGAUGGGUCUUUCCUUCGACGUACUAAAAGGUAUCACUAAGCGUGGUUACAAAAUACCGACACCUAUACAGCGGAAGACCAUACCGUUGAUACUUGAGGGCCGUGAUGUUGUGGCUAUGGCUAAAACUGGCUCAGGCAAAACUGCUUGCUUUCUGAUACCAAUGUUUGAAAAACUUAAGAGCAGGGAACCCACUAAAGGUGCGCGUGCUCUAAUUCUCUCGCCCACGCGCGAAUUGGCUGUGCAGACCUACAAAUUUAUCAAAGAAUUGGGACGUUUUAUGGAUCUCAAAACAAUUUUAGUGCUUGGUGGUGACUCAAUGGACUCACAGUUUACAGCUAUACACACUUGCCCCGACGUUAUAGUGGCUACGCCAGGUCGUUUUCUGCAUUUAUGUGUUGAAAUGGAUUUGAAAUUGAAUUCAGUUGAGUAUGUGGUGUUCGAUGAAGCAGAUCGUCUGUUUGAAAUGGGCUUUGGUCAACAACUGAAUGAAACAUUGCACCGUUUGCCAGCGUCCAGGCAAACCGUGCUCUUCUCUGCUACUCUACCCAAACUCCUAGUGAAUUUUGCUCGCGCUGGCUUAAACGAUCCGAUUUUGUUGCGUUUAGAUGUUGAGUCAAAAUUACCGGAAGGUUUAAUGCUUAAAUUCUUAUACUGCCGUCCGGACGAACGUUAUACCGCCUUGGUUGUGUUGCUCAAAUAUGUAAUACCGCAAGAUGCUCAAACCGUGGUCUUUGCUGGUACACAACACCAUGUUGAAUUGAUAUGCUAUAUCCUAACCAAAUGCGGUAUUUCCAACACGGCUGUGUAUUCUAGUUUAGACCCCGCAGCACGUAAGAUUAACACAGCCAAAUUUGUUAAUAAGAAAGUCUCGGUGUUAACUGUAACCGAUGUGGCAGCACGUGGUAUCGAUAUACCUAGCUUGGAUUAUGUAGUAAAUUUGCAUUUCCCUGGAAAACCGAAAUUAUUCGUACAUCGUGUUGGACGUUGUGCUCGCGCUGGUCGUACCGGCACCGCCUACUCAAUAUUCUCCACUGAUGAUGCGGCGCAUGUGCUUGAUUUGCAUUUAUUCUUGAAUCGUCCAUUCAAUAUAAAUGACGAUAAAACGGUUGGCAUUGCACCGCAAGAGCUAAUGGAGGAGGAGCAUCUAUCUGUGACAGAAGUUAAGAACAGUCAUGAUAUUGCUGGUGUACUACGUACAAGUGAAAACGCAUACAAAAAAUACUUGUCGUCGCGUCCUGUGGCCUCGGCAGAAUCCAAUGCGCGCAUUAAGAAAAUCAAAUUUUUCAGCUGCAAAAACUUGGACGAUUUCCUGGCAGCAAAUAUUUCGUUGCGACAAUCGCAAAGCGCAAAUAGAGAAACUGACAGCAAGUCAAAGGAAGAUUUGGUGGCAGAAGAUCGCAGAUUGCAAGAGGAGAAGCAGGAUUUAUUGUUGAAAAUGCGAAAUUUUAAGCCUUCGACGACGAUUUUCGAGUUGAAUCGCAGCCAAAAGUCUCUACCAUUCAGUAUAAUGAAAGACAAGCGUUCCAAGCAUACGAAUGUCAUUGAGAAAUACAGAAAUAAGAUGGAUGAAAUCGAGAAGGAGGAAGCUAAUAAGCAACAGGAAGCAGAUGAAAAGGAAGAAGCUGAUGAAGCAGAUGCCGAGGAAAUUAAGCAGGCUUUUAAUAAAAUUGUUGCACCCAAAAAGCGCAAAAACCUCGAGGAUCUCUAUAAAGACAAGAAGAAGAAAAAGAAGAAGACUCAUGCCAAGGAUAAUGAACAUUAUAUUCCCUAUCAGUCAGCGGAUAAACACACCGAGGACGGUCUGGCGAUUAACUCUUUCGAGCGUCAAGCUAUGAAUGCUGAGUUUUCAGUGGUCGAUCGUGAUAAUAGCUCAGAUUUUCGCCCCAAGCCGGGCAUGAAGAAGUGGGAUCGCAUCAAGAAGAAAAUGGUUUCUGUUCAAGAUCCACGCGCUGGCAAAAUACGCACCGAAUCCGGUGCCUGGAUACCGGCUUCUUUCAAGACGGGCCGUUACAGCGAUUGGAAAGAAAAAUCCAAAAUCGAAGAGCAAUUGCAACGUGAAAAUGACGGUGACGAUGAUGGUUUCAAACCUUUGUCUCACGAAAAACGUUAUCCUGUUGGUCAGCAUGCGCGUCAUAAUGCCAAGGUGGCUGCCAAGCAGCGCGCAGGCGGUGUCAAUGAAUUGCGGCAUCCGGAGCAGAUUGUAAAGGCGCGCAUGCGUUUGGAGUUCAUCAAGAAACGUAAUGCUGAUAAUGCAGUGCGUAAAGCGGAGAAUAGGAAACGUAGCAUGCGUAAGAAUCAACGGGGUAAAGUGAAGAAAGGUGGCAAAAAGUAAGUGCAUAUUAUUCAAGGCUUAAGUUAGAAAAUUAUUGUGCUUCUUAUUU